CGAGCUGUUGUGUCCGUUAAUAUAUCCGAUAGUUGCACAAAUUGCAGCAACCUAAAUGGAUAAUAAAGCUUAUACCGCGGAUGAUGUUGGUCGAUGCAGAGUCGAGGAUGUCACUGUGGUCUGCAAUGGUUCCUCCCCAGAGAAUGGCGUUGUAUCCAAUGGAGUGACUAAUCACUUUAGUAUCAGUACUGGUAAUGAGCCUCCUGAAUCGACGCGAGAAAAAUGGGGCAAAAACAUCGAAUUCCUGCUAUCCUGCGUCGCACUAUCGGUUGGCUUCGGCAACGUGUGGCGCUUUCCCUACACAGCUUUUAACAACGGAGGAGGAGCCUUCGUGAUACCCUACCUGAUAGUGCUGCUUAUCAUCGGUCGGCCGAUCUACUAUCUGGAGAUGGUGAUGGGUCAAUUCUCGAACCGGGGAUGCGUCAAAGUGUACGAUCUGGCGCCGGCAAUGAGAGGAAUCGGUGUCGGUCAAACGAUGGCCAUAUUCACUGUGAUCACGUACUACGCGGCAAUAUUGGCCAUAACCGUUCGAUACCUUGUCGCAUCGUUCAGCUCUGAUUUGCCAUGGAGUAAAUGCGAUCCGGAUUGGUUGGAUUGCGUGGAUUCGAACUUUAUCGGAGUGGCUUCGAUCGGAAAUAGAACGACAGUUCAGACUUCGGCGGAGAUGUAUUUUAGGAAUACAGUAUUACACAAAGCAGAAUCUUUGGACAAUGGAAUCGGAGUACCAGACUGGAAGUUGGUAAUAUGUCUUAUUGUUGCGUGGGUGUGUAUUAUUGCAGUCUUGAUCAGAGGUGUCAAGAGUUCAGGAAAGUUCUCCUACUUUCUAGCCAUAUUCCCGUACGUCAUAAUCUUCAUUUUACUGAUCCGUGCGGUUACUCUGCCGGGAGCAUGGAACGGUAUUAAGUACUUUUUCACUCCCGAAUGGUCCAAACUGUUAACCAUUGAAGUGUGGUACGAAGCAGUAACGCAAUGUUUCUUCUCUCUAACAAUCUGUUUUGGUGGAUUAAUCGUAUAUUCAUCUUUCAACAACUUCCACAAUGACAUAUAUCGACAUGCCGUCAUCAUCACUUGGUUGGACACCUUCACAUCCAUGAUUGCCGGGUGCAUCGUCUUCGCCGUGAUCGGGCACUUGGCUCACGUUACCGAACAGCCCGAUAUUCGGAAAGUGGUCAAAAGCGGCCCGGGGCUAACCUUUGAAACGUACCCGGAUGCCAUAGCGAAGUUCGAUUUUAUGCCGCAGCUGUUUUCGAUUUUAUUCUUCUUUAUGCUGUUUCUGCUGGGAGUCGGGACACUGAUCGGCAUAGUAACGUCGGUGAUUACCGCCAUUCACGAUCAUAAUCCACACUGGAAGCGUUGGAAAGUGGUUCUGGUGGUGGCGUUCGUUGGGUUCUGCUUUGGACUGGUUUACCUUACGCCAGGAGGAUUAUUUAUAUUAGAUGUGAUGGACUAUUACGGAGCUACGUUCGUUACGCUAACGUUGGCCGUGUUUGAGCUGAUAACAUUUGCCUGGAUUUAUGGCGUCGAUAGAGUGUGUAAGGAUAUUGACUUUAUGCUUGAAAAGAGGACCGGUUUAUUCUGGCGAAUUUGUUGGGGCGUUGUUACACCUCUAGUUGUCAUGGUCAUAUUACUGUUCAGUAUUGUAAAUUACGUUCCCAAAGAAAUUCCUUUGGGUUAUAAUGCUUUCGGAUGGUGUCUGUAUACCGUUGCCGUGCUGCAGCUUCCCGUCUGGGCUGUUUAUGCUUGGUUCAAGGACACAUCGACCGAAAACCCCCACCAAAGACUGAAGAAUAUUUUUAGCCCGCUGCAGGACUGGGGUCCAGAGGACGCCGCCGUUCGAUCGAAAUAUAACAUUUUCAUGUCGAAGCAAGAUGCCGAUCCGUCGGAGGCGAACUUUAACAUACUUAGGUACAUUCGUAGAAAACUGCUAGAGUAG